AUGGCGGCCGAAUCAGCGAAAAAGCUCGAGGUCCCUGCGACUACGGAUCGUCCCGAGUCUACAACUUCUACACUACGAGGAGAGGAUGUUCAGGAGAAGAAGAAGGAGGAGGGACAGACAGAUGAAGAUGUCGAAGCUGGCACAGUUCAAGGCAACAGUGACAGUGAUUCCCCUGAAGAAGAUGACUACCCAACUGGUAUCAACAUGUUCUUCAUUGUUCUCGCCCUAGUCAUGGCUGUCUUCCUUUUCUCCCUUGACUUGACUAUCGUGGCCACAGCUAUUCCUAAGAUCACCGAUGAAUUCAAGGGUCUUGACAAGGUCGGCUGGUAUGGUGCUGCCUUCUUCAUGACUGUCGGAGCUUUCCAAUCAACCUGGGGUAAAAUCUACAAGUACUUCCCUCUCAAGACAUCGUUCAUCGUGGCCAUUUUCAUCUUCGAACUUGGCUCCGUCAUCUGUGGUGCCGCUCCCAACGCUGAAGCCCUUAUCACUGGCCGUGCCAUCGCUGGUGUUGGUGGUGCAGGUCUCGGUGCUGGAGCUUAUACUAUCAUCGGAUUCUCUGCUCCUCCCAAGAAGCGACCUGCCUUUACUGGUAUCAUCGGUGCUGCAUACGGUAUCGCUUCAGUUAUCGGUCCUCUCUUGGGUGGUGCCUUUACUGAUCACGUCUCCUGGCGAUGGUGUUUCUACAUCAACCUUCCAAUUGGAGGUGUCUCUGCUGCCAUCAUCUUCUUUUUCUUCAAGACACCCCGUGCUGCCAUCCCUGUCAAGGCUCCUCUUCUUGAGAAGUUUCUCCAGAUGGACCCUCUCGGCAUUGUCUUGAUGAUGGGUCUUACCAUCUCGUACAUUCUGGCUGUUCAGUACGGUGGUCAGGCUCACGCUUGGGACUCUUCUGUAGUCAUCGGUCUCCUUGUCGGUUGGGUUGCCAUCACUGUUGUCUGGGCCAUCUCCUGCUACAUCCAGGGUGAACGCUCCAUGAUCCCUGUCCGCAUCCUCAAGAACCGUACCGUCUGGGUCAUGAGCGCUUUUGCCUUCAUCUUUGCCGGUUCUUUCUUCCUGGCCAUCUACUACAUUCCCAUCUACUUCCAGUCUAUCCACAAUGCUUCUCCUACGAGCAGUGGUGUUCGCAAUCUUCCCCUCAUUCUCGCGGUUACCUUCUCUACUAUCAUCAGCGGUGCUCUUGUUACUGCUACAGGCUGGUAUCAACCUCUCCUCAUCGGUGGUGCCGCUAUUGCAACCGUCGGUGCCGGUCUCUUGUACCUGCUUGAUAUUGAUACAUCGACUGGAAAGUGGAUUGGCUACCAGAUUGUCGCUGGUGUUGGCUGGGGUUUGGCCUUCCAGAUUCCCAUGAUUGCUGUCCAGGGUACCGUUGACCCUAAGGAUCUUGCCUCUGCCACUGGUAUUCUUCUGUUCUUCCAAGGUCUUGGUGGUGCCUACAUUGUCUCUGGCGGCCAGGCUGCUUUUGUCAACCAGAUGCUCCUCGACAUCUCCGAGAACGCUCCUCAAAUUGACAAAGGCCAGCUGAUCCUUACUGGCGCUACUGCUCUUCGUGAGACGUUCGAUAACGAGACAUAUCCCAUUGUGCUCAACGGUUAUAUGCACGGCUUGAACACCGUAUUCGCCAUGGCCAUCGCUUUUGUUGGUUUCUCCUUCUUGAUCACUCUGCUCACCCGUUGGAAGAAGCUCAACCUUGCCAACAUUACUGGUGGCGCGGCUUAA